GGAGUCUUUUCCUAAGGGGAGACUACGUCAGCACGUUUCGGCGUGGGACGGUGGUAUUCCGGUGUGUUAGAACAGCUUCCGGCGGGAUCUGGACGUUGUUGUCCUGCGUCUGACGCCUUGUUGCACUCGAAGCUGAGCGAGCUCCGGAGGAGUGCGGAGGAAUUGAAGUGUUUGCUGCGGUAACCUCAUCAGCCUGCCAAGAUGGCGAUGCAAGCGGCCAAGAGAGCGAACAUUCGACUUCCACCUGAAGUAAAUCGAAUUUUGUAUAUAAGAAAUUUGCCCUACAAAAUUACGGCUGAAGAAAUGUAUGAUAUAUUUGGGAAAUAUGGACCUAUUCGUCAAAUCAGAGUGGGGAACACACCUGAAACUAGAGGAACAGCUUAUGUGGUCUAUGAAGACAUCUUUGAUGCCAAGAACGCGUGUGAUCACCUGUCAGGAUUCAAUGUUUGCAACAGAUACCUCGUGGUUUUGUACUAUAAUGCCAACAGGGCAUUUCAGAAGAUGGACACAAAGAAGAAGGAAGAACAGUUGAAGCUUCUCAAGGAGAAAUAUGGCAUCAACACAGAUCCACCAAAGUAAACGUUUUCUGCAUUUUCAUUUUGGACUGUUUAAAACCCAUGAAUGACGACCACUACCCUUUUUUUUUUUUAAUUAAUAGUGAAUGUUGUGAUUUCUUAUUUGAGAUUCAAAAAGACCUGCUUGAAACUUUGAUAUAUUUUAGAAUAUAUUAUGUUAAUAAACUUGUAGCUUUUUGUAAAACAUGUCAGUGUUUUAUCUUAAAAUUUCUCCUCCUGUAUUAUACCAGAAAAAAUAAUAAUAAAACAGCAGUUGAACCAUAUCAAGAAUUGUUCAGUGGUAGGUGGUCCUAGAGACUGAGUUUCUUGAGGAUGGGGACCUUUUGAUAUUCUUAAUGCCUCCAGUGACCGGUACAGUGCUUAGCCAUCAAAGGAACUUGUUAAGAGUAUUGUUAUUUAUUGAAUGUCUAUUAAUAAUGAAAUCUCCAUAACAACUUAGUGAAGGUGUAGGUAUCUCCACUUUGCAGAUCCAAAGC